AUGUCUAGAGAUCGGCGCAUAUUGAAGGAGCUGGCGGACAUCACGGCCGACCAUGACAGCUCAGGCGUAAAUGCAUCUCCCGUAAACGAGGGAAACAUGACACAUUUGAAGGGCACGUUCCCCGCUCCUCCCGAUACGCCUUACUCUGGUGGUACCUACCAGGUCGAUAUCCAGAUUCCCGAUCAGUACCCUUUCAAAGCGCCCUUGAUACGAUUCGACACCAAGAUUUGGCAUCCCAAUGUCAGCAGUCAGACGGGCGCCAUUUGUCUCGACACACUCAGCUCCAACUGGUCUCCCGUACAGACCAUCAAGACAGCUCUACUAUCACUUCGAAUGCUACUCGAGUUUCCCAACCCCAAGGACCCUCAAGACGCCGAGGUCGCUAAGAUGAUGCUCGAAGACCCUGAACGGUUUGCUCUGAUGGCGCAUGAGUGGGCAGUCAAAUAUGCUAGUGCACCACGACAAGAUGUUGAUCUCAGCAAGUGGCAGAAAGAGGGCGAGGCCACUCCUGCUGAAAACGAUACUGUUCGAUAUGCCGGAUAUAACAAGGAUCUAAUCGACCGCUUUGUGAGCAUGGGUUUCCCUCUCGCAGAGGUCGUUGAGGCAUUCCUGUUCUUUGGUAUAGAUCGUAAUAACGGUCGAGAUUAUGAAUUGGAAGAAGCAUACAUGGGCGAUGUCACUGCUAGACUUCUUGGAGAGCAUUAG